AUGAGCCGCAUAAAAGACAAAAGCAUAACACGUUCAAAAAAUAAAAAAUAUGGUCCAAAUAUAAAAUCCUGUUCAGAAGAAAAAAAAGAUAUUCUGGUAAAAAACAGCUCCAGCAUUAAAAACACAAAAAAUGGAUUUUUGAUAGAUGAAGAUAAUAUAAUUAACAAAAUAAAAGAGUUAAAUAUAAUUCUGUUACAAAAUAAAGACGAAAUAGAAAAUCUGAAGCAAGAAAAUGAAUCAUACGUUACACAAAUAACCAAUUUUAUGAAUAAGUGCAAAGAACUACAAAAUAUAUGUAACGAUAAAGAUAAUAUACUCUUUAAAUAUAAACAAGAAGAAAAGAAUCUUUUAAAACUAAUAGAUACUUAUAAAAAAGAAAAGGAAGAAUUACAAAAUGAAAUAGAAAAACUAGAAAACAACAUACAUUCUACAAAUGAACAACUGUCGAUACAAAAUAAUGAAAUAAGUAUAUUAAAAAAUGAAAUAAAAGAAAAAGAUAAAAAUAUUGAUGAGCUAAAUAUAAAUAUAAAGCAUUCAGAAGAUAAAAUAUUAAAGCUUAUAAAUGAAAAUAAUAAAAAUAAAGAAGAUGUAAAUAAUAAUAUAAAGAAACAAAAUAAAAUAAAUGAACACAUUAAUGAAAAAGAAAAUGUUAUUAAAGCAUUAGAAGAAAAAAUACAAAAAUGUAAUAAAGCUAUUAAGGAUAAAAUAGAAGAAAAUGAAUCUAAUAAAAAAAAGAUACAACAACAAACUGAAAAAAUUACUUAUAUAAAUGAAAAAAUACAAUACUUAGAAAGAGAACAAAAAAAUGAUAAGGACAAAAUUAAAAAAUAUAUAGAAAAAAUUAAAGCAUUAAAAAAGACCAGUACUAUUAUGGAAGAAAAAAAUAAGGCAGCAAAAAUAGAUGAACAAAAUAAAGAGAAAAAUCAACAAGAAGAAAUAUAUAACUCACAAGUAUAUAACAUAAAUAAAAAAAAAAAUAAAAAAGCUAUCAAACAUAUUAGUAUGAACAAAUCUAAUAAAAUGUAUGGAAAAAAUAUAUCAAUAAAUGAAAAAAAUACUUGUAAAGAUAGAAGUACUAGUAAUAGUAGUAGUGACAGUAGUGAUACGAGUGAUGAAGAAAUGGUUAGCUUCUCAUGUAAAUAUAAUAUAAUAAAAAAUAAAAUAAAUACACCACAAAAAUGA